GCACUUGCAUGCAAUUGAUAUGAUUUGAAUAUUUUACGAAGCUUAUUGUUGAUGUGAUAGUUUGGUGAUUUUUGAUUCAGAAUAUGUGGUUCAGACUUCAAAUGUGUCAUCUUCGAAUGGAUGAUUUUCUAGUCUGGUGAUUGUUGAUGAAUAGUAGAUCAAUAGUAGCAGCGUUAGGAAGUCAACAUAACUCUUAAGGUAAACGAAAAAGAGGAUGAUGCACUGUACCUCGGAUGGCAGAUUUAAUUCAACAUUCCUUGAAUCAAUAUACCUAAUACAGCUACACGUCUUACAUGGAAAUUUCGAAAACCUUCAGCUCACAUUUAAGACGUUAGAAACAAAAUACUUUUCGCAACUUGAAGCGUCUGAUUGGAUGGCUUAUGUUUCACUUUUACUUCAGAGCAUCUUUGAAAACGUUGACAGUUUUACAAGGAAAGCAUUCGUCAAAUGAGGGGGCAAUAACGAUUGUUCAGCAUGUUGAUGAGAAAGGUAUUGCUGCUCUGAUACAUUGUAGUGAUGGUUGGGACAGAACAGCUCAACUUUCGUCCAUUUCUCAGAUACUUCUCGAUCCAUAUUAUCGAACCAUUAAAAGAUUUCAGAUUCUUGUUUGUCUUGGGCAAGUAUGUGUUGGAACAUCAAUGUUAUCUUUUAAAGAAUUACUGUCGUUUGCUUUGGAAUUUUAUUGAAAUAGUGUAAAUGGAAUUUAUUGCAAAUACGAUAUCGUGUCCAUUGUGGGAAAUAAUUUGAAAACUUUCUUUAUCGUCAUAUAACCUCUUUGGUAGAUGUUUAAUUUUUAAAACUCUUUUUCGCACAAUCUUUACGAAGUGCUGGUUCACUGUUCUCAAAACUUUGUAUUUAACACUUCGAAAGGAUAUUUACAGUAGUUGUGCACGAUUUUUACGUUACGGAGUUCCAAACGUUGGUUCUUCACGAUACAGAACAUUUGAAUUGAUAUCGUUACGAUUACGGUCAACCGUCAAUCCUUGAACUGAGUUUUCGAACUUUAUUGCCUUCUGCAAAACGACUACUAAUUUAUCAAAUUUUUAUGACCAGUUCAUACACCAAUAACGUCAACUUUUCCGAACUCUCGAACCAACGCUUGCAAGCUAUAUUUACAUAUAUUUUGACUAAUAGUGUUACUUAAUGGCUAAACGGCAUCCAGUAAUCUAAUACAGCAGCCAGCUACAUACGAAGUGAACCUAAUGUAUAUUCCCUACACUGUGCUUUUGAUUUUCAAUCUGUAUUGAUCUUUUCCUAUAAAUA